GGGGGAGUAUAAGUUCAUGGUGGAACCAGUAUUGUGCGGGUUGCUGCUCAUGAUUUUGACAUUUUGUGCAGCUCGACCAGCUUCCAUGCCAGACAUCUUUGCAGUAUUACACUCUGUGCCUCUAGUAUAGUCCAAGUAUUUGCAGAAUUAACACAGAAAAAAGUGCCAAGAAAGUGCCUUGAACCAGAUUGAAUUAGUUACCAGAUUUCUGCACAGUUUGUUGGAACUGAAAUGUCAUGUAAAUAAGAGACUUUGAAAUAACUGUGGGUUGUGGUGAUGUCAGGCCAGUGGGAAUGAAGAUCUUUUUUGACAGUUUGUGAACAGUUACAACCAGAGGAUGAAUAACAAUGCCUUAGGGGGUUCUAUGGUCAUUCUCCUGCCAGAAAGACUUGACCCAAACCGAAAGGUUGAGACACCAAGUCACGGAGUGAUGAACCCAUCCUCAGAAACGCCUGAAUCACAUGUCAACGGAAUGACGACUCCAACGGCGCCCCCAGGGUCUGCCCUCAAGGCUAAAAGUCGGCCGAGGAAGGCUCCAGAACUUCAGACAGUAGAAAGGCGAAAUUGGUUGAUCCACAUGCAUUUUGUCCGUAAGGAAUUUGAAUUAUGCAAGCAACUGAUAAGGGAGCAGCUGGAGGAGACGAGGGGAAUGUGUGAAUAUGCUAAUUAUGUUCAGGGACUCAUCCUGAGACAAGAGGGCAAGAUUCAAGAGUCCUUUGAACUGUUCCAGUUGUGCAACAUCCUGAAUCCUAACAGCGUUGAGAACAUCAAGCAAAUGGCUCGCUCGCUGUUCCUGUUAGGACGGCAUAAGCUAGCAGUAGAAGCCUAUUUACAAGCAGAGGCAAAGAGUGACAAGCCAGACUGGGAGAUACAUCACAAUCUGGGUGUAUGCUACAUGCAUUUGAAGGAAUAUGACUUUUCAAGGGAGCAGCUCCUCUUUGCUCUUGAGCAGAACAAACAUCAUCAGACCUUUGCAAUGCUGGCAAAACUCUACCUCUUGGAAGGUGAUAUGCAGUCUGGCAUCAAUACCUACAAGGCUGCCAUUGAGUACUUUCCUGAAAAUGCAGAUCUACACACCACUCUUGGUCUGCUGUAUAUGCAAACAGGGAAGCACCAACAAGCCUUUGAGCAUCUAGGCACAACCCUGACCUUUGAGCCCCAAAACACACGGGCUAUUCUUGCUGCUGGGGCAAUGAUGCAAAGUCACCAAGAUUUUGAUGUGGCUUUGGCAAAAUAUCGAAUUGCAGCCCAAAAAAUACCUGAGUCACCUCUACUAUGGAACAACAUUGCAAUGUGCUUUUUCGGCAAGAAGAAAUAUGUUGCUGCCAUAAGCUGCUUGAAAAGAGCCAACUAUCUGGCACCAUUUGAGUGGAAGAUCUUGUACAACUUAGGCUUGGUUCACCUCACGAUGCAGCAGUACACAUCAGCCUUCCACUUCCUGUCUGCUGCUGUCAACUUGCGGCCCACUAAAGGACAUAUUUUUAUGCUCCUUGCCAUUUCCCUAACCUAUUUAGAUGAUAUGGAAAAUGCGCGGGAAGCUUACGAGCAAGCUGUAGUGUUAGAGCCCAGGUGUCCGAGUGUCGCCCUCAACUACGCUAUUUUUCUCUCUAACCAUGAGGCGGUGGAGGAUGCGAAGAGAAUGAUCAAUGAAUUUGAAGCAAGAGUUGUCAAGUUCAGGCAGUCCACUGGGGCAGAUCUUGAUACAGAGAUUCUAGAGAAUGGGGCAAAGUUAGCAGCACUUUUGGGUGUAGAUGGCACUGUUUUCCGCAAGAGAACUAGCAGAACAAGACUUGAGGCUCCUGAUGAGUCAUUACCUCCAGAGAAAAGUGUUCCUUCAAAUGUGGAUCAGGAUGUUGAGGAUGGUCCACCCGGUCCAGCCGAAGCCCCAGAGGAUCCCCAAGAAAUUGGGGAAAAGUCUCUGUUGGUGCCUCCCACAGAGAAUCCCGAGCCAGAUGAGGAACCCGAACCAUCAGGGAAUGAGCCGUCACCUGAGGAAAAGGAAGAUGGAGAGGAAGAUUACGACUUUGGGAGGGAGGAUGAGGAUUUGGUUUGAAUGUUUGGGCGAGGAAAAACCACAGCAGAUUAAGUGGUUACCUUAGGGGAUUUAGGGAUAGCUUCGAAUGAUUGAUUUGUUGUGUUCCCUUUAAUUUAUGUAUUUUUUGAAACAUGUUCUAUUUAUUUUGGUUAUGUGCAAAUGGCAGUUUACUUAGUUCUCUCUUCAUUUUGCAACUUAAAUCACAAAGUUAAUUGCAAUGUUAAGAAAUUGAUAUUGUAGCUGUGCAAAGUGAUAAUAUUGUUUAUGGUGAAGCUUUACCUCAUUGUGUGUAGAAGUGUGAUUCUGUGAAUUUUGGAUAUCUGUUUAUUGUAUUCUCUCCAUAUUUUGUGGCACUAAAGGAUAAUGUAGCAGACGAAAGUAGAUUUCAUUUAAUGCUGGUAUUUAAUAAUAGCUCUGGAAUAAAGGCUUAGUAUGACUCCUUCAGGUUUCUUCUCUUUUUUAUCAACCAACAUUUGGAAGUGCACUCUAUACAUGUUUUUUUAGAUUGAGAAACCUCUUAGUUUUGUAUUUGUUCAUGUCCUUAUCAUUUUAUUUCAUAAAUGACAACUAAGAGUAAUCAUUGGUAUAUGUAAAGUGUUUAUUCAAAUGUUGUGUAGACUAUGGGAAUUUAUAUGCACAGUAUGGAUGUAUGUGGGUAGAAUUGAUAUAGCAAUAAAUGCCUUGAACACUUUUAUUACCAAUGAUAUGUAUUGCAGAUGUGAUCAUUAGAAAUAGAUUCCGUCCACUAUGUACAAAUAGUGAUUAUGAAAAAGAAAUAUUUUUGUCUGGCAAGAA